AUGCCAGUGUCGAGUGACAUGGCCCCUUCAUACAUUCCGGUCAUACUAAUGGCCACCAGCUUGCUGCUGAUCCCGUUGAUGGCUGUUUCAUCUCCUCCAAGCAACGACACCGACCUCGCUGCGCUGCUGGCUUUCCGAUCCCAGCUAUCCGAUCCUUUGUCCAUCCUGAGGAAUAACUGGACAAGUGAUGUGUCAUUUUGCCGCUGGAUCGGCGUGACAUGCGGACGCCGUCACCACCGCCGCGUCACUGCUUUGGAGCUGCCAAACAUUUCCCUCCAAGGAGAGCUCAGCCCUCACCUCGGUAACCUUUCUUUCCUCCAUGCCCUCAACCUCACCAACACAGCCCUUGCCGGCUCCAUCCCAGCUGAUCUUGGAAGAUUAGCUCGUCUUAGAUAUCUUGAUCUUGGCCACAAUAAUCUAACAAACACAAUCCCUUCUACUGUAGGAAACCUCACAAUGCUCCAAUCUUUGGUCCUUAAUUAUAACCAGCUCUCUGGGAAGAUCCCCAAUGAGGUGCGGAACAUGCGUAGCCUUAGGUACCUCUCUCUGGAAAGAAACUCCAUAAGCGGCCUGAUACCCAAUUUUUCAUUCGACAGCAUGCCUUCACUAAGCCAAAUAUAUAUUCACAACAACAGUCUGUCUGGGUCAGUACCAUCUGGUAUUGGCUCCUUGCCCAUGCUCCAGGUUCUACACUUGAUAUAUAACCAGCUUUCCGGUCAGGUACCUGCUACCAUCUUCAACAAGUCUAGGAUUCUUGACAUGCGUUUCGCGAACAACGACGGUCUAACAGGUCAUAUACCUACUAAUACGAGCUUUAGUCUCCCGAUGUUGCAAAUACUAGAUAUAUAUAACAACAAAUUCGAGGGUCAAAUUCCAUUGGGUCUUGCAGCGUGCCAGCGUCUUCGGGUACUUAGCAUCGCGAAUAAUCUAUUUGUGGAUGUGGUCCCGACAUGGCUGGCUAAACUACCACAACUCACAUGGAUUUCUAUAGGUGACAAUGACCUCGUUGGCCCGAUCCCGGCUGUGCUCAGCAAUCUUACCAUGCUCAGUACGCUUGAUAUUUCAUUUUCCAACCUAAGCGGAGAGAUUCCGGUGGAAUUGGGAAAAAUGAUGCAACUCACAUAUCUGCACCUUGCGGAAAAUCAACUAACAGGUCCCUUUCCUGGUUUUCUUGGAAAUUUAUCAAAAAUGUAUUUCUUAAGUUUAAGUUCGAAUCAGCUGACUGGACCAGUACCAUCGACACUUGGAAACAACAGACUUCUUAUGAUUCUUGAUAUUGGAGAUAAUCAUCUCCAUGGAGAUCUUAGUUUCUUGGCCAGCCUUUGUAAUUGUCGGCAACUCCAAGCCAUUGCCAUAUCAAAUAAUUCUUUCUAUGGGCAUGUCCCCAGCUAUUUUGGCAACCUCUCGACUAGCCUGUUAGACUUUUUAGCAUAUAGCAACCAUUUGGUUGGUGGGCUUCCAGAAACACUAUCAAAUCUUAGUGGUCUUGUUCAGCUAAGCUUUGCCAACAACCAUCUAGCCAAACAAAUACCAGAAUUCAUCAAUAAGUUGGAGAAUCUCCAGGCACUUGAUCUCUCUGGAAAUAGUAUCGUUGGCCCAAUCCCUGAACAAUUUGGUAUGCUAAAUAGUAUUGUGAAGUUAUAUCUCCGGGAUAAUAGAUUAUCUGGCUCCAUACCAGAUAGCAUGAGCAACCUCAGCAUGUUAGAGUAUAUUUCAUUAUCUUAUAACCAUCUAUCUUCGACCAUACCACCAAGCUUGUUUAAUCGUAGUAAACUCAUAGAAUUACAUCUGUCCCAUAACUCCCUUACCGGUACAUUACCUUCUGAUCUUGGUCAUAUGCAAAGUAUGGACUACAUAGAUCUUUCUAGCAACCUCCUGUCUGGUAGCCUCCCAAAUUCAUUUGGACAGGUUGCGAUACCAUUAACUUACCUAAAUCUUUCGCACAACUCAUUCAAGAAUUUAGUCCCAGAUUCUUUUGGCCGCUUAACCAGCUUGGAAGCAUUGGACCUAUCGUCGAACAAUCUAUCUGGAGUAAUACCAAACUACCUCGCCAACUUCACCUACCUUUCUUAUCUGAACCUAUCGUAUAAUAGGUUAGAAGGGCAAAUACCAAAUGGAGGUGUUUUCUUGAACAUCACCUUGCAAUCUUUGGUUGGAAAUGUUGGACUAUGUGGUGCUCCGCGUCUAGGACUGUCACUGUGUAUAGACAAAUCUCAACCGACUUCUGGUCGGCACAUCCUCAAAUUUAUACUCUCAGCUGCCAUCACUGGAGUUGGUGCAUUAGUAGCUUGCUUGUACAUAUUGAUCAAAAAUAAAAAUAAGCAGCAUGCAUAUGUGGCUUCUACUGGCAUGACUGAUCUGAUCGGCCAGAGGUUAGUAUCAUACCACGAAGUUGCUCGUGCCACUGAAAAUUUCAGCGAGGAUAACCUACUUGGAGCUGGAAGUUUUGGAAAAGUUUUUAAGGGACGGCUAGACGAUGGUUUGGUGGUGGCGAUAAAGGUGCUCAAUAUGCAAGUCGAGCAGGCCGUGAGGAGCUUCGACGCUGAAUGUCAAGUGUUGCGGAUGGCUCGGCAUCGCAACCUGAUACAGAUAUUAAAUACCUGUUCCAAUCUGGACUUUAGGGCAUUGCUGCUUCCGUACAUGCCCAAUGGAAGCUUGGAGGCAUACUUGCACACUGAAAACACGGAACCACUAGGAUUCAUCGAGAGACUGGACAUUAUGCUCGGCGUGUCAGAGGCAAUGGAUUAUCUGCACCAUCAUCAUUGUCAAGUUGUCCUACAUUGCGAUCUGAAGCCUAGCAAUGUGCUGUUCGAUGAGAACAUGACGGCGCAUGUUGCUGACUUUGGCAUUGCAAAGUUACUUCUAGGUGAUGAAAACUCCAUGGUUUCAGCAAGUAUGCCCGGGACAGUAGGUUACAUGGCCCCAGAGCUUGCACUCAUGGGAAGGGCGUCGCGAAACAGCGACGUGUUCAGCUUUGGGAUCAUGCUGCUUGAAGUCUUUACAGGGAAGAGGCCCACAGAUCCUAUGUUUGUCGGGGAUUCCAGCCUUAGGAAGUGCGUUUUACAAGCAUUUCCAGCAAAGCUCCUUGAUGUUUUAGAUGAGAAGCUACAUCAGGGUGAACAAAUGAGCCAAGUCUUUCAUCACCAAACAAUUACUACUUCGCCGUCAUCAUCCUCCAUUGCCCACAAUGGCAACUUUCUGGUGUCGACAUUUGAGAUGGGUUUGGAGUGUUCCAGCGGUUCUCCAGACCAGAGGCCGAGCAUGGGCGACGUGGUGAGGAGGCUGAAGAACAUCAAGAAGGAUUACUCUGCUUUCAUGGUUGCAACUCUAAGCGUGCAGCAAAAACAUUGAUAUGGAGCUCUAAAAAAAAAAGAAAAAAAAAUGGUUGUCUGUAGUGCCAUGUAUUGCUGCUUCUUCCACUUCGACUCCUGUUGCAUGAAUCCUGCUGAUCACGGAGGACUGAAUAUGUUGUUCCUUCAAUUCUUCUAGUUUGGAGUUUAUGGUGAUUCCUAAACUUGUGUUGUGGCUUGUAAUAUGAACUGUUAGUAGGUUAGAGGGAAGUAGCGUUAGCAGGUGUUCCAGAUCGAGCACUCUACAGUGGGUUGGUGUUAUGUCCCCGGCGUGCUAUCUCCUUUUGCUUUGUAAGAGCUCAUUAUUUCUGGCAAGCAAUUAAUUGGAAAGGUGUUAGCCCGCUUGGCAAAAAAAUGUAUGUAGUGCGCAAUAGAAUAAAAUGUA